GAGAAUGUAAAAUGGGCUUGAGCUAGUUACAUAGAUUGGGAUUGAGUGACUCUCGUGAGUUUCGACGAUCUUUGUUAGAUUUGUAUGCAAUUUUUUGCAACUUAACUCAAUCGCCGAACUAGUGUGCUGUUGGAACGAUCUUCGGUUAUGACGGGUAUUCAAGAUCAUUUCAACGUUCUCCUCGUUUGCGCUUCGGAAUUUGAGCUACAGGCUGCAAUAGCAGUUCUAGAAAACGGAACGAACGGCAAGUUUAAUAGCAAAUACACACAUCUCCCCGAUCUCAGCAGACUCAACGUCAGAGUGUGCGAGAGAUGGAAUUCUACAGAAACGAAGGUGGGCGUGGUUGCACAAACCGAAAUCGGAGGGACAGAGAGUCAAGUGUUGCUUUCUGAACUCGCCAAGUACUUUACGGCUACCGUAGUGGUGAUGACGGGGAUCUGCGCCGGAGAGGAGAACAGACAUAAUCACAUGGACCACGGUUGUGUGCUCAUCGCCAAACGAGCGACAGCAGAUAUGAGAGGAGUGGAGGAAGAAGGCGGAGAUCUCCAGACUAAUGCAAAUUACCGUGAGCUCGACAAAGGUAUCCUUGCGUCAGUUAAUGAAUUGGUUCACAAGGAUUCUAAAGUUUGGUUGAAGUACAUUCCAGAGAACGCCGUUCGUCCGAGCCCUCGUUAUCUUCAACAACUCAUCCUAGACUUUGUGAUCACGAGUGGGAAGGACGGCAUCAUGAAGAGAGAACUACUGGACAAGAUGGUGGACAAAAAUUUACCUGGAAUGGCUACGAUGAGUGAUGAUGAUAUUCGUCUCACUUACGAUGCAACUCUGGACACGAUGAUAAAAUCGUCAUCCGCUUGGGUUAGUGCAUCUCCAACAGCAACAGGUAGGUACGUUGCUACUGAAGAAGGAACUGGAUAUGCAGCCAACGAAGCUAAGUUUCCGCGAGAAGAUAAGAUCGUAGCCAUUACCGAUUCCAUGCUCUCGUUGCUACACAAGCAAAUGAAUCUGAAGGCAGAGUGGAGUAAAUACAAAAAGCGCGUGGCCGACAGCAAUGUGAAGGCAGUAGACAUGGAAGCUUACUAUUUUAUGAAACAGGCCACUGUGAGCUUUAGCAGAAAGCAGGUACAAGGCAAAGCCGUUGUCAUAAAAGGCAUCUCUGACUAUGGCUGUAAUGCAAGCAAAGGAGACUAUUUUCAUGUGUAUGCUGCUAGCACGUCUGCCGCCUUUCUAAGGCAUUUGUUGACAGUUAAAGAACAUCUCUUUGUUGAGGAGAAAUCUGAAACAACUACGAUUAAAGAUGGACAAUCACAACAAGCGUAUUUUUCAGUUCAACUGGAGAAAAGAAAUUUUCCUUAUAAUUGUGGUCGAGAAAAAAUUAUCAACGAUUUGUCUGAUUAUUUUUGGAAAAGAGAUCAUGAAAAGGCAGCAAAUCUCGACAUUAGUGAUUUUCGUUUGAUAUGCAUUUAUGCUCAAGGAGGGGCGGGAAAGUCAUGUGUAGCUGCGGACUAUGCAAGGACUUACAGAGAAGCAUACAAAGGAGGAGUUUUCUGUAUCAGCUCAAGAACAAGCACAUCCAUACUUUAUGUACUUACCAAAUUUGUGGCUUUUCUAAGUUGUGGCAAAAACGGUGUUGAAAGUCAUUUGUGGAAAGAAAUAAAUGAGCGCUUUUUAGUUCUCGUCAGUCAACUUGGAGGCCAUGCGUUGUUGAUCUACGAUAGCAGUGAUGAUUUAGACGUUACCCAACAAUUUAUUCCUUCUUGCAACAUGAAAGUUCACGUUAUCAUUACGACGAGAUGCAGAGAUCACAAGUUGAUGCGACCAGACAAUGUGAUUGAACUGCCACAAUUGGAUGAAGACGCAGCCAUCAAGUGUUUCUGCUGUUGGGCUGGAAAAUCCAGCGAUUACGGGAAGAUGGCAAAAACAGAUUUGGAUGAGAUAAGACAGAUAGUGACCGAUAGACAAGUCAAGUUAUUGCCACUGGCCAUUCGGCGUGUUGCAACAUACACGAAGCAAACAAGGGUUACUUACACGGACAUGAAGAAACAACUGUCAUUGAAGAAAGAGAGCGUGCGUUAUCCAGUCGAUGAUCUAGAGGACAUAUUACGUGGUUCUGGAUUGCAGCAUCUACAGCACAAGCUUACGACUUUGAAUAUUACACGGAUCGACCAAAUGUUAGCUGCCGACGUCACCUUAGUGGCCAAAUUGUGCGACACUUGUCCGAGUGAUAACGAGAAGCUAAAAAAUUUGCAGGAAAGACUAAAAGUCGACAGGGAAGCACCGAUGCAUUGGGAUUUCGAUCUACAAGAAGUGGCAAAAAGGUCCGAAACUGCAGAGAAAAUUCUAAGCUUUACUUCUCUGAUGGACACGAGCGCUAUUCCUACUCGUGUUCUUUAUGCAGCUGCGAUGUGUGACAGAAAGUCGACGCUAGAAGAAAAUGAGUUUAAACUCUCUCUGAAUUUGCUGUCCGACGGCUUUUCUCUGCUCACAUGGAAUGACAAGGAAAUGUUCUGUGACAUUCAUGCGCUCGUUCAGCAGGCUGUUUUAAGCCACAUCAAGAGAAGAGACAAAUACCUACCUUCUCUCAUUCGUUUGACAGAGUGUAUGCAAGACAUGUUACCAAAUUCUGUUGACGACAUACAACGCAACCUCAACGACAGCAAGUUGAUUGCAUUGGUUCCACACGUUUACAGCGUUUGUAAUCACAUCUUGAAAUUGAAAUGUACACAGAAACCAUGUUUACUAAAGUUCUUGCAGUUGUCUUGUUGGUUGGCAAAACAUUUGCACGACAUUACAAUAGCCAAACAUCUAGCAGAAGAGAGAUUGGAAAUUUUUCGUCAACUCGACGGUCAAAGUAUGAAUGAUGCCAUUGAAAUGAGCGACUGUUUGAUUGAUGUUGGUGAUGCAUACAAUCUAUUGAGUACACCUAUGAAAGCGAAGCUGUUCUUUGAAGAAGCCGUCCAAUUGUUGGAAGGAUUUUGCAAGGACAGUUCUCUUCCUAAUCUGUAUGCUGUAGGUAAGACGAUAUCGAAAUAUUGAGUUAGCAAUUUUUGUUCAAUGUAAUGGUAUUGGUUAGCAUUGCAAAGCCAGAUGUUUUGUACGGAUGAAAGGUAAC